CCUGUAUCUAAAAUUUCAUCUACUACCUUCCUUCCUUCCUUCACUGACCAACUGUUACUUCUAACUGCCAACUCCUUCACUUCCUGCCUGGCAGCAUCUGUAGGAAAUUAUGAUGGGGAACAAAAAUGUAGUUGGAGAAGGAAUUCAUACAUUAUAUUACUGGGAUGGUGAAAAGCAAUGGAUGCUUUUUCUAUUGAUAACAUUUUUAAAAUGUAUUAUUCAAUUCCAGACAAUGCUUGAGAAGAAUGAGACGCUGGUCAGUGAGAUUGUUCUCUUGGGAUUUCAGAAUCUCCACAACUUCAAGAUUCCCCUGUUCUCUCUGUUCCUUCUGAUUUACAUUAUGACAGUUUGGGAGAACGUCCUCAUCAUAGUGUUGGUGUCCUCCAGCCGGAACCUCCAGUCUCCCAUGUACUUCUUUCUCCAACAGUUGUCCCUUUCUGAUCUACUGGAGUCCACAGAUAUUGUCCCUACCCUCCUCCAAACCAUAAUAAAUGAAGGAGCUACAAUGUCCUUAUUUGGCUGUAUGACACAAAUGUAUUUUAUGGGGAGUUUAGAAAUUUUUGAGUGUUUGCUUCUAGCAGUAAUGUCCUAUGACAGAUAUGUGGCCAUCUGUAUCCCUCUGCGUUACACUUCUAUAAUGUCUCACAGGGUUUGUGUUAAAGUCAUACUCAUAUGUUGGCUCCUCAGUCUUAGUUCUGCAUUGAUAACUGUGAAUCUGGUUGGGACCCUAGAGUUCUGUGAAAAUAAAAACAUUGACCAUUUUUUCUGUGAUCUGGAUCCUCUUCUGCAAAUUUCCUGCUCAGAUACGUUCUUUGUGCAAGUGGAAGUUUUUUUACUCUCUAUCCCUAUUAUUGUUUCCCCAUUUAUACUGAUCAUUGUAUCAUAUAUGUGUAUUGCCCAUGCAAUCCUAAAGAUAGUGUCCAAUACCGGGAGACAAAAAGCCUUCUCCACCUGCAGCUCCCACUUGGCUGUGGUCUCCUUAUUUUAUGGGGCUCUCAUUGCUAUUUAUUUAGUUAGUCCCAGAAAACAAUUACUGGCUAGUGUCAAAGCUGUCUCUCUGUUGUACAUUGUGGCAAUUCCUUUGCUCAACCCACUUAUAUACAGCUUGAGAAGUAAAGAUAUAAAAGAAGCCUUUAAAAACACUAUUUUAAUGAAAUAUCCAAAGAAUAGAUGUAGAUUCCUAGAGUUUUGUAAAAAUGUAUUUGUCCCCUAGAUAUCACCAUUUUUAUUACUUUUUAACAUUGCGUUUCAUAAAAUUUCUUUAAUCAGUCAUAGAAAUAUAGAACUGCUAGUUCCUAGAUACCCAGGACAUAACGGUGGGAAUCUGAUCCUAUGGUGGCUCUUCAUAGAUGAUGUUGUAUUAGUAUGCAGGGGAGUGAAGUAGGACUCCUGGACUGUAUUAAUGAUCUCAAUAAGA